AACGACAGCAUCCUCUUCGUGAACGAGGCGGACGUGCGGGAGGUGACGCACAGCGCGGCGGUGGAGGCCCUGAAGGAGGCGGGGGCCGUGGUGCGUCUCUACGUCAUGCGCCGCAAGGCCCUGGCCGAGAAGGUGGUGGAGGUCAAGCUCAUCAAGGGGCCCAAAGGUCUGGGGUUCAGCAUCGCGGGGGGCGUGGGGAACCAGCACAUCCCGGGGGACAACAGCAUCUACGUCACCAAGGUCAUCGAGGGCGGCGCCGCUCACAAGGACGGGCGGCUGCAGAUCGGGGACAAGAUCCUGGCCGUGAGCGGGGGGACACCACGGGGGGGGGGACAGGAGCCGCGGCGCAUCGUGAUCCACCGGGGCUCGACGGGGCUGGGCUUCAACAUCGUGGGGGGGGAGGACGGCGAAGGCAUCUUCAUCUCCUUCAUCCUGGCGGGGGGCCCGGCCGACCUCAGCGGGGAGCUGCGCAAGGGGGACCAGAUCCUCUCCGUGAACGGGGUGGACCUGCGCAGCGCCACACACGAGCAGGCGGCCGUGGCCCUGAAGAACGCCGGCCAGACCGUCACCAUCAUCGCCCAGUACAAGCCCGAGGGUGAGGCGCUGUUCGACUACGACAAGGCCAAGGACUGCGGGUUCCUGAGCCAGGCCCUGAGCUUCCGCUUCGGGGACGUGCUCCACGUCCUGGACGCCUCCGACGAGGAGUGGUGGCAGGCGAGACACGUCCUGCCCCCCGGGCAGCCCCCCGACAUCGGCUUCGUCCCCAGCAAGAGGCGGUGAGGGACUGGGGGGCACUGGGAGGGGA